AUGCGAGCGCCUCUAUAUUUCAUCUUAUCGGGCAUUUCCGGAGUACUUGUGUUCGUCUGGAGUGUGCUAGGAGUAGCCUUCAGCCUGAAUCCUGACUACGGCACCGCGGCCAUCUACUAUCGCAACAAUUCUCUCGUGAGAGUGGGCCCGAUAGAGGGCAACCGAGACUACAGGGCCUUCAUGCUCAGCAGCAAACCGCCUUCCACUACACCCAACAUGGCCAUAUGCCGCUUCAUCCCUUCAAGCCUCCAAGGAACUUUCAAUAUUUGCACCCCGCCAGCUGCCAUUGCCGACACCGAGAUCCUCCUACGCGCUCUUCAGUCUUCCGUGGCUGCACACCUGGGCACAUCGUUCUGCUAUGCAGAGCUGAUACUGCACGAUCCAUCUCAAGGGGACUGGUAUCAGCGGGAUGUCGUGCAGGAAUCGCUGAACCGCAUCGGCCUCCGUCAAGCCAUGAAGGGCGUGCCGGUCCUGCCGACUUCCAGUCUCGCUGUUUAUGCCAACAUCCAAUUCCCAAUUGCCAGGACAGACAUGCCUCAAGCGGCGCUGUCGAUCGAAUUCAGUCGUUGGGGGAUGAGCGCCGCGGUUUUCUGCGUGGACCAGCUGGUUCCUGAGGAGCAGCGUCGUGAAACCAUUACAUUCUCCGACAAGAAGAGCGCGAGCGGCUUAGAAGACAGCCCAGAAGAGGAUGCCGCAAGGCAGACGGAAGCGAGCGAGGCGCUGCGCCAUAUCUCCACACCACCCCUGGAAUCGUGCUCUGGUGUUGGCGACAUGCCGGAUGAGAUCCAAGUCCUGAUCCUCCACGGUGAUUCGGUCCGAGAUGCUGGCUUCGUGGACUUGUUGAUAGACCUCUUCGGGAGUAGGCUGGUUAAAGAGGCUUAUGAUUUUGAUCCUAUCCACGCAUCUGCGGUGGCAGGAGCAAGAGCAUCCCUCGAGAACAUGGAACUGAUCAAUUUGGAAGAGCCUGCUGCCUUCGGAUAUCGUUGGAUGUCCAAGUUGUACCGUGAUCGGAACCAAGAGUUGUAG